CUGAGUGAAGAUGUGGAGCGAGUAUCUGAAAACCUGACAGAUGAGAGAGGAGGAGAGAUGGAAGUUCAUGAAGAUGCCAGCUCUGUUAUUUUACCAGAUAGUGAAUUGGGCACCACUACCCCUUCUUUGCGUUUCAGCAAGACCUGCCUGAAGAAUGUUUUUUCAGUAAUUCUCCUGUUUAUUUAUCUGCUGCUCAUGGCUGUAGCUGUGUUCCUUGUUUACCAAACCAUCAGUGACUUCAGGGAGAAGCUCAAGCACCCAGUGAUGUCUGUCUCUUACAAGGAAGUGUCCUUGUAUGAUGCACCUGGUAUUGCCUUUUACCCAGGCGAGGCUCAGCUGCUUAGCUGCAAGCAUCAUUACUAUGAUCACAUUCUGCCUCUGAUAAAUCCAGGUCAGCCAGGAGACAUUGAAUGCACCACUCAGCGAAUCAACUACACAGAUCCUUUUACUAAUCAAACUAUGAAGUAUGCUUUGGUUGUUCAAGGUCCUCGUGAUGUGAAGAAAAAGGAACUGGUGUUUUUGCAGUUUCAUUUAAAUGGAACAGACCAAGAUUUUAGUGCCAUUGACUACCUGCUGUUUUCUUCUUUCCAGGAGUUCAUCAACAGUCCAGAAAAAGCAGAAUUCAUGAAGGACUGUGAAAGUUCAUACUCCAGCUGGAAGUUUUCCGGAGGCUUUCGAACUUGGGUCAAGAUGUCCUUGGUGAAAACAAAAGAAGAAGAUGGUAGUGAGACUGUUGAAUUCAAGCAAGAGACUAGCGUGGUUAACUACAUUGACCAGAGAACUAAGUCAAGAAAUGACCAGCUGUUUUUUGUGGUAUUCGAAUGGAAAGAUCCUUUUAUACAGACCGUUCAAGAUAUUGUCACAGCAAAUCCCUGGAACAUGAUUGCUCUUCUUUGUGGAAUCUUUUUGGCUCUGUUUAAAGCAGCAGACUUUGCAAAGCUAAGCGUUAAGUGGAUGAUCAAAAUCCGAAAGAGACAUCUGAAGAGGAGGAGUCAAGUAAUGAACCACAUAAGCUGAGACUAAGACUGCCUUUUAACUGUUCAUAGCAGAAGGGAUAGAAAAUAACUGGAAUACACUUGGAUCAGCAAUGCAGCAGUUAAAGAUGCAAACCAGGUAUGUUUUCUUCCAGAAAAAACACGGCUGGAACAACAGCCUAGUGAAAACUGGCCUUUGAACUUCA